CUAACGAUGACGAUGACGAUGAAAAGAGGAGGAACAAAAAGAAAGAUUGAGAUUAAGAAACGCGACACUAAACAACAACGCUCGGUGGCUUGCAGCAAACGCCGUCAAACUCUUUUCUCCAAAGCCGCUGAUCUCUGCAUUCUCUCCGGGGCCAACAUCGCCGUCUUCGUAACCUCUCCGGCAGAUAACUCCGAUGUCGUUUACUCCUUCUCCGGCUACUAUCCUGCCUCUGAAAUUGCUGAUUGCUACCUCAACGGCAAGUCUCCUCGGAAGAUUACUAACCCCCAAACCAAGCUAGGGUUUUGGUGGGAAGACCCUGAUCUCUACCGUAAUUGCGACGAUAUCUCUGAGUUAAACGUGAUCGAGGAUCGUAUGAUGAGAACGAGGAAGCAUCUGAUGGAUUGCCUUGAGAAGAAAGAAAAAUCACAAUUUGUUUCCAGUUCUGAUCAUCAAAACCCUAGCUCCUCUUCUCUCGACGAAAACCCAAAGUCCUCUACUCCAUCUUCCUGUGAUGAAUUUGCUUCUUUUGAACAGAACUCUACUUUCUCCUCCCUCGAGAAGAUCUGUGGCGAGCCUUCAUCACAAGCUAAUUGUUACUAUGACCAAAACCAUACCUUCGCUAUUGAAGAUCUCUACUGCGACUCAUUAUCCGGUUACUUGCUGAAACAAGAUGAUGGAUUUGUUGAAUCUUUAUGGGAAACAGAGAAACAGAGUGACAUAAUGAAUUCAUGUAUGAAAGGAGGUUGGAACAUUGGCCGGAGUGAUCGUUGGAGACUCAGAUUCGAUCAUCAGAGACUUCAAUGGAUGUCCCUUCACCAAUUGAUAAAUUAUCAUCCAUUGAUUCAAACCCUGAGGACAAAACUUGUCUAGUGCUUGUGGCAACUGGGAGUUUCAAUCCUCCUACUUUUAUGCAUUUACGCAUCUUUGGUGAGUUUUACCAAUAUCAUCAUUGCUUUGAUUUUCUGCCUUGUUGAUUCUGUGAUUGUGUUAGCUUUUUAUAUUUUUGGUUUAAGGAUAUGAAAAGAAAGAAGAGCACAACUUAAAAGGUUUCUGGAUGUUCAUCAUGUUAAACCAAAUCGUUGAUGCUGCCACUGUUUGUUCUUCUCAUGAGGAGGGUGAGACUGCCGCUUAUGAAGAGUCCUUCCAACGUUUUUUCGAGGCAAAGAAGAAGCUGCAUGAGGGAGAUGAGUUAGCUGCGGUUGAUUCGCAUGAACUGGUGUGGACGCUACUGCUUGUACCUUUCAAGUUUGAGCCAAAGAGGCAAAGGUGUUUUUAAAUUGCAUAAUACAAUGUAUGUGGGAGAAAGACCUUGAUUUAGUUCCCCCUGCCUUUCAAUCUUUUAACUCUCUGUUUCAUUUUUUCUUUAAAUGUUAAAACAUAUCUU